AACACAAUUACGUCACAGGCCGGUGACACGUACAUCCAUGGUGUGGUCAGGAUGUCCCUAGCAGCAGGCGUGCUGAGCCUUUUGGAGUACGUAUUGGGAAAUGUUGUACAUCCUGGAGAACUCAGGGGCUUGUUAGAUUGCCUUGGCAAUUCUGCCCUACACAUGGCAGCACAGUGUCAGAAAUGUUCCGCACUCGUACGCCUAGAUGUCAUGACGCUACUUGUUGAAGCUGGAGUCGAUGAAACAGCGAGAAAUAUUGAGGGGAAAACUGCAGGUUCAUACCUUUCAGGAAAUGAAGAAGAUUGUCUUCAAAGUCACCAUGAAUAUAAUUUAAUUUGUUCCGGAUUGAUGGCAAAGAAGAUGAAGCAGGCAGUGGAUAAGAUAUACGACAAUGUUGAUAAUGUGAGAAGAGAAGACGAUACUGAGGAAUUCCAAGAAAGUACACAGGAUAAACAUAUUCAAGUACAAGAAAAGCAGACAAUAGAAAGAACAUUUGAUGCGACACCAAAAACACAUUCGAAGGAAGACGACGCACCGGACAACAACACGGUAGAGAACACUACAGAUUUGUUGCUGCAGAAAAUGAUGACUGUUGGUCUUGCUCAAAAUUGCAAUCUAUCCUCCCGAAUACAGGACGCCCACAAAUAUAAUGACAGUGGUCAAUCUUUGGAAACCAUUGCAGAAGAAAAUUCCUUUCAAUAUGAGACCACAAACAAUCAACGACAACCAGUCCCUGUUACUGAAGAAGAAGAGAUGCCUGUUCGAGAACCACAGAUUUCGGUAUCACAAGGUAUCGACGGAGAAUCUUCAAGGAAUUUCAAUACAGACGUCCAAAUUACAAAUAGAUGUUUACCAGUUGAAUCUGUACCAGACAAGCCAAAACUGAUUGAAUUCAACCUAGAAACCAUUAAGAUUGAUUUACAAAAUGGUCUCCCAGAGCAACAGGUUAUCUCAAUCACAGAAAAAGCGUCUAACACAUGUGAAGUUUCUCAAGUUGAUAUCAAUUCUGAAAAUGUACACGUAAAUGUUGUAAAGACUUAUCACGUUUCCGAUGAUGUUGGAGAUGACAAUUCGUCGUUUGGUUCGCUUGAACACAACAAAUCAUGUGGUAGCGACAUGGAAGUCGAAGUUUCUCUUAACAAAUCCACAAUCCAGUCUUCACAAUACAGCAAAAAACAAUUGCAGUCUUCUGAUGUUUUGAGGGACAGAGCUGCAUGUGCAGCGUUGCAAUAUGCUGGCACUGACAAAGACAAUGACGGUAUAAAAUACACUGCUUCAAUACACGUGCAAGCAAGCUUGUUCGGAUCUAUAGCCCCAUAUAACAAUGAUAACGUCAGUGUCGGGAUAACUUCCGUUCAGAAAAAUGAUUACAGAGAUCACGAUGAGAUUCAAGUUGCACCAAAGUUCAAUGACAAUCCCGAAACAGAAAAUAAAGCAGAGAACGAAUCAAAUUGUAGUGAGCUAGGACAAGACGUGACUCGUAAUGACACCAUGGUAAAAUCUUCACAAGAAAGCGUAACACAAUCACAUAAGUUAUCCAAGAAGUCUCCUGAAGUUUUAAAGGAAAAAGAUGCAAAUGACGAAAACAUCGAUGUUCAAUCCUUAUUGAACAAGGACAUUUUGCUAAAACAUAUAGCCCCAGAUGACAAUUCGUCGCCUGUCCUAAUAAAGGUUCAUGACGAUGACAAUUCUCAAGCACAAAAGAAAGCCGAGACAAAAUCAAGUGGUAGUGAGAUAGGUUACGGCGUGUCUCACAAGGAUAUCAUGUCCAAAUUUUCACAAGAUAGCCUAACAAAACAACAAGAUGUUUUACAGGAAGAAAGUUUGAGUGAGAAGUUUCAAUGUGGCAACACUUGCGCUAUUCCGUUAGAGGAUAUGGUAUCCAAUGAUAACGGCUGCAGACAUCCUUUUGACCAAGUUGAAACUGUCAACUUGGAUUUAAAAAAUGGCCUCCCCCAACAACAGGUUUACCCAAUCACGGGCAAAUCGUCGUAUAACGAAUGUGAAACUAACACAACACCACAACAUAGGUCGCAGUUCUUUCAACUGGCACCUGUUGAAACAAAAACCAAACCGGUCGCCAAGAAACCAGGGAAGUGCAAGCAAACCCAAAGAUCAAGUACUAAGGAAACUAAAGAACAGAAAGUGUUUGAAGAUACUUCAUCAUAUCAGGACAACAAGCAUGAACAGUGUUGUCCAGCUGAGAAAACAUCUGAAACAUCAGAAUCCUGUUUAUCAUAUAAUAUGGACGAAGAUAAAAUGCUCACAUUGCCUGAACAAGGUACAGAUCAAAUACAAGUCACAUUGGAUUCACCUGUGCGAGCAAGAGAAAAUCAAAUGACUUCACUCCAAAAUGGUCCUGAGUUGAUGGUUUCGAAGGAAAGGCCUUAUUUUCUUCAAACACACGUCUCGAAGAGAACGGAGUUGCGAAAUUUUCAGAUGAUGUCAAAGCACGAUCACACCGAGGAGGACAGUACUGAUUCCGAGCAUAUAAAUGAAAAUGAAAAUAUUUGCAAUGAUAUUUCCAGUACUACAGUUGGAGAACUCACAUCUACCACUGAUGCAAACGGAAAGAGUAAAUCAUAUGGAUGCGCCCCAACCAAACAGUCUCAUUACGGAGAAACAGAAGAAAAAAUCGCAUUGGAUAAGCGGUACGACCAAACAUUCAAUAGGAAACGUCCGAUAUCAAAGCGAAGGGAUUUGUGUCUUGAGAUUAAACAUCUGAUUUCUGAUAUACAGAAUCCACCAAGCAUAUUCUACCGAGAGGCUGAAAAGGAAGACGACGCCACAGAAAAAAACAAGGACUUCGGUGAGGACUCAUCUAACACAGAGAUGUACGACUGUACAAACGGAGUUUUAGAACUAGAAUGUACAGAGGAAUUCUGGAAGACGAUGUGUUCCGACCAGAUGCCACUAGACAUAAAAAGGAGAGCACUUAGGAUUCUAAAACAGCUUGCAAGCGGAGAAAAGUGUCAUUAUCGGAAUUCACCUUCGAAUGAAAACAUCUUUAAGGCAAAAAUAUUACCUGAGGUUUACAUCAUAUGGGGAACAGCAAGAGUAUAUUCUCAUAGACUUAAUAAUUCAGAUGAAACAGAGAUGAGACGUGACUUAGGAACAAAACAUCCUAAAGUUAUAUAUUCGGAAGUUAUCAGGAUAUGGGACAUAGUGAGAGGUUCGGAAGAAAUGGAAAAAUGCACCAAACGUUUGAAAGAGAUAAGUCAAAGGCAUAACAGAUGUCUGCAACAGACACAUUUGACAGGUCAAGUGACAAAACUCUCACAAAGAGCAUAUAUUCCAAGCAUUUUUACCGUAUCGGAAUCACAAGAUGUGUCCAAUGUCAUAUCUGUUCCGAAAUAUCUGCGAAGGCAAAAUGGCAUACAGAAAUUCUAUUUGAUCUCCCCGGAGAUGAUCAGGUGUUUUAUACAGAGUAACCUAUCAAACGUAACCUUCCCGUUCCGGUUGUCUUAUCCAGAACGUGAUAUUGUGGAUCUGCAGUCAGAUUUGCCCGUGUUUUUGCUCGGAGAGAACGGCUCCGGGAAAACAACGUGCUGUAUGUACAGGCUACUGCAAAUAUGGUUAGCAAACCGAAAAACAUCAACAGCUGGUUCAGGACCAAAUGCGAUUGAUGAAAGCGCAGACUUCAAUGGCUCAGAUGAAAAUGAUACAUACCUGUGCCAAUCAACAGAAACAGAUACCAAAUUUGCUGAGGCCGAUAUAGGAGAAAAUAACAUUCUCCGUCCUAUAUUCAUCACCAAAGAUAGAUGGAAAGCAAAAGAGGCAAAAGAAAUUUUUUUGGGCCUCUGCUGUGGAAGUGACCCUUCUCCUAAAAACAUCAACCGAAAGGAACAAGAACUACCAGAGAGCUUUCAAAAUGCUUCUAAUGACAUAUGUCCAUUGUUUCUCACAAUGCAACAAUUUCUCUUCAUUUUGGAUUCGUCAUUAGGGGAACCAAAAUUCUUCGAGGGGAACAAAGCUGAUAUGAAUUCCUGGGUCAACGUCCUUGACACCCUAGAACUUGGGCACCCAUCGGUUCCCGUGAAAGGCAAACUGCUUCGGCAAGUCACUUACGAGGUCUUCCGAGACGAGGUAUGGCCUAAGCUUGGAAAGGCGUUUGAUGGAAAAUAUGAUUUGUCUUUCGUCUGGAUUGAAAUACUGAACCAUAUUGCAGGAUCGAUCGAAGCAAUAUCUCAAAGAUCUGGAAUACUAACAAAGGAGCAAUAUGUUGGUAAAGCAAGACUUAGGACUGUAUACUCCAAAGAGGAUUUGUCUCAUAUCUAUGACAUGUUCAAACGAUAUGACAAUUUGAAAACUCAGAAGGGUUACUUCGAUGUUACUGACCUGCUUCAUUCUAUAAUGACAAGGAUACAGACCGAACCAUCAGUUCCAUUCGUCUUCCAGCAUAUAUUUGCAGAUGAUGUACAGGACUUCAACUCAGCAGAAAUCAGCCUUCUUCUUAGCUUUAGUUCCGAACCAAACACAGUGUUCUUGUCUGGGACACAAAAAGAGCAUCAUGUGUCAAUAUCGGAUGGCGUGGUGAAACUUUUGCAUUUCAACGGAACUCAUCGAUCCCUGGUCGCAAUACAACCUUUAAUCAAAUACCUGCCAAACGAGUUUGGUCCCAGUGAAGGAAUUAGUUCAUUUGCAAACUGCAUCAUGCAUCUGAUGAAAGACACAUCUUCAUACCCGUUGGAUGCUGUUGAGGAUAAAACAUCUUUGUUUCCAGGACCUAGACCUGUUUUGCUGAAUUCACACAAUGAAAUAGAUCUGUUGGACUUUCUGACCGUGUAUAGGUCGACAGGUUUGAAAUUAGGCGCAAAUCAGGUUAUCCUGGUGAGAGAUGAACAUUCCCGCAACAACAUACCACCAAAGAUGAAAAACAGCCUGAUUUUGACACUUGAAGAAGCAUCAGGUCUCAGAUUUGAUGACGUUCUUUUAUACAAUUUUUUUGCGGAUUCAAAGGUUGGUAAAGACAUCAUUUUACUCACCAAAAUGGAUGGAAAAUUCGAAAACAGGAAGAAAAAGCAUGAUGUCGACGGAAAUCAGACAAAAAUGGCGAAAUGGGAUCGUUUCCGACGUGCUUCUCUACAACGCGAACUACAAGCACUGUAUAAAGCUUCAAUGACAGCUAGCAACAACUUGUGGAUAUUUGAUGAAAACUCCAACGUGGCGUCCUCAAUGUAUACAUAUCUUCAAGAAAGAAAUGUUGCUGAGGUACAUCAGACUGCAGAAUAUG